AUGGAGACGGCGGCGGCGGAGAUGACACUAGUAACUCCUAAACGGAGAGGAAGGGGGUCGUUCUUGUACCAGAAGAGCUAUAUGUACAGUGAUCAGCCAGAUAUUGAGACCGCCUUAGAAGACAAUUCUCGGUUGGAGAAUGAAACAGAGGCUCGUGGACAUUCUCCGGGAUGAAAAGAAAAAGAAGGUGAUUGCGAUCUUUACUUUGCUCUCAGCAAGAUUGGUACCAGCCAUGUUCUUGUUCUGUAUGAUUUUCCCCCUAGUACUCGAACAAUGGACUUAGAGAAGCUCUUCGAGAAAUUUAAAGAUCGCGGGGUGCUAUACGCUGGUAAUGAUACCGUUGCACUUGCAGUCUUUCGAACACCUGCUAUUGCAUAUGAGGCCCAGAGGAACCUUAAUUGGCCAUUCAAAGUCCGUUCACUUUUGGAGGAUGACAGCCUGCUGACCCAGCUCACCACCAAAGAGUUGGAACCUCCUUAUCCACGGCCGAAAACAUCAGCAAGAACAGCUGAGAGGUUGAUUGCUCAAGGUAUGGGAAUAAAACCCCCCACAAAAUUCGGGUCUGAUGAGCUGAGAAAGCAGGAGGAAGCAAGAAAGAAUCGUAUACAUGCUCGUCAAACCUUGCGUGAUGAUUCAUGGGGUUCUGACAACCCAUAGUGCUCUUUAUUAUGUAUCAUGCUCAGCUGCUGCAGCGUUGCAGGCAACAUCAUGUGGCUCUUGGAGGGAAAUCAUUGCUGGAGUCAUCUAAUCACCGUCGGGUGGUUUUAUCCAUUUAAUUGAUUUACGGUGAGCAAUAUUGGUGGAAGAUGUAUGUGCAGGGGACAAGUUUCUAUUGCGUUACUCUUCAUCAUUUAUGCUGAACUAAGGAAACUACUCUAUAGUGACAAGUGCUUUCAUUCUUGCCCCCCUUUUAUCAUGAUAAUGAGGUAUGAAAAGAAUUUUUAUAAUUUUUCUAA